AUGAAAUUAAGUAAAUUAUUAGUUUGUGCGUUAUUGCUCUUUAGCCUGCAAUCGACCAGCGCUGAUGCUUUUCUGCCUCAAGUUAAAGGAAUUAAAUUUUUAACGAUAUCUGGCAAAUGUGUCAUUACCAAUGUUGUUAGCGGUGCUGUCUUAGGAAUAGUUACAGGACCUGUGGGUCUUUAUUUCAAUACCGCUACUUGUACUGCAAUUGGCUAUUGGCAAUACUCAGGACCGCAAGAAACUAUAGCUAUCGUCAACGAUAUGUUAGUUGAUACAAUUGUAAGUGUUGCUAGCGGUGGCACGCUUAAUACCAAAAACAUGAGAAUGCUAGAAAAUGUUAGGAAAACAUGUUUUACUUAUAUUACUAAAAAUAUUGGAAAUAAUGUUGCUGCGAAGACAGCUCAAAGCAUAGGUGCCAAGGGUUUAAAAUACUUGGGUAUUGGAAUCUCAAAUGUACAAAAGACUUAUAGUACACCAAUAAUUAAUGCAGUUGCUGAUUCUUUUUUCUCUAAUAAUGCUAAAAGAUUAGUAAAAAAUGUUAAAUUAGUAUAA